AUGGCCCCGGCAAUCGAGUUGCCCGGCGAGGCAAGCCCAUUGACACACCGUCAUGUGGUGGAUGCCUUAGUUCUGGCUGCUAGUUCCACACAGCAGCAGGUCCAAACGGGAACUAAGCAGCUGGAGAACUGGGAGCGACAGGCUCUAUACCAUGCCAUGCUUCAGGAUGUCUUUCUUGACCGUUCCCUCCCCACCGAAGUCCGCUAUCUCGCUAUUAUUCGAUUGAAGCACGGUAUCGACCGAUAUUGGCGCAAGACAGCCACCAACGCGAUUUCCAAGGAUGAGAAAGCUCAGAUUAAGACCAGAGCUUUGGAGGCCGGCAUAGAAGAGCCCGCCCGUCCCCUUGCUCUUCAGAAUGCAUUGAUGGUUGCCAAGAUCUUGCGUUAUGAAUUCCCUCAUGACUGGCCCGACGCGAUUACCUCCGUCAUUUCCUUCCUUCGAUCGUCGAUUCAACCUGGCGCCAACCCGCUGCAGCUCCCUCGAACCCUCCUCAUCCUCCUGCAAAUCAUCAAAGAGCUGUCGACUGCCCGAAUCCAGAGAACUCGUAUACACCUGCAGUCAGUUUCUCCUGAGGUGUUCCAGGUGCUGGGUAGUAUCUAUGUGGACAAGGUUGGCCAAUGGACUGGUAUACUGGAGCAUGGUGGCUCGGACGAAGCAGCUUUGCUCGAGAUUAUCGAACAGAGCUUGGUAUCUCUAAAAGUUCUGCGACGCCUGAUCAUCUCUGGAUUCGAACACCCCGGCCGCGACCAAGAUGUACAGAAUUUUUGGGAGUUGACCAGCACACACUUCAGUCGGUUCCUCUCUUUCCUGGAUGGGUCUAUUCAAUUACCGGAGUCUGUCCACACGGCCAUUGAGAAGCACAUUCUGCAAUUAUCGAAGCUGCAUGUUGAGAUGGCAAAGACACACCCCGCAUCCUUUGCGUUGUUCGACAAUAGUAUCACGUUGGUCAACUCAUACUGGUCAUUGGUCGUCAAGUUGAGUGAGAACUACGUCAGUCUCGGCGCCGAUAUCGAGUCGGAAGGAAAGUCUCUGUUCGAGAAAGCCGGCCUCCGAGCCCUGCUUCUUAUCAGAGCCUGCGCCAGAAUGGCCUUUAACCCGGUUCAAACAUUCAAAUACCAGACUCCUCAAGACAAGGAGGAGCGCAAGCAGGCUGUCGAGCGAGUCAAGACACAGCUGUUUACCGACGACUUUGUGGUGAAUGUUAUGGAGCUCCUUGUCACGCAAUUCUUCAGAUUCCGCAAUAUUGAUUUCCAAGAGUGGGAGGAGGAUCCCGAGUCUUGGGAGAAGAAAGAGGAGCAGAGUACCGAGGCCUGGGAGUUUUCUAUUCGCUCGUGCUCUGAAAAGCUCUUCCUUGAUCUUGUCAUUCACUUCAAGGAUUUGCUUAUCCCCCGGCUGUUGCACGUGUUCUAUUCAUUUGCAAACACAGAGAACCGCAAUGUGGUGCUGAAGGACUCCUUGUAUUCUGCCAUUGGUCUUGCAGCAGCCAGUCUUGAGCAACACUUGGACUUUAACAGCUUCCUUGAGAAGACCAUGGUCCCUGAAGUUCAGAUUCAUGAUCCCGAGUACAGACUGCUGAGGAGACGUAUUGCAGUCGUUCUUGGCCAGUGGGUGCCAGUCAAGCCUGGUGAACUGAAUCGAGAUGCUGUGUACCAAAUAUUCCAGCACUUGCUGAACAAGGACGACCCACUGAACGACCUGGUCGUUCGUAUUACUGCCGGUCGCCAACUGCGCAACGUUCUUGACCCUUGGGAGUUCACAGCGGAAGGUUUCAUGCCUUAUGCACAGUCAAUUCUUGGGAGCCUCAUGGCUCUUGUGCAGGAGGUGGAUGCAGCGGAAACGAAGAUGGGGUUGCUGGAGACGGUCCGGGUGGCCGUUGUCAAGAUGGAGAACCAUAUCGUUUCCUUUUCGGACCAAAUUCUCUCGCUUCUUCCGCCGUUGUGGGAGGAGUCUGGAGACGAACAUCUCAUGAAGCAGGCGAUUCUCACCUUGCUGUCGUCGUUGAUUCACUCAUUGAAACAAGAGUCUGCGCGUUACCAUGCGCUUAUUCUUCCCUUAAUCCAGAGCUCCGUUCAUCCCGAAUCUGAUACAAUUGUCUACCUAUUGGACGAGGCAUUGGAACUUUGGACGGCUAUCAUCAUGCAGACACCCAGCCCUGCCUCGCCUGAAAUUCUCUCUCUCCUCCCUUCCGUACUUCCAAUUCUCGAACAAGGAACCGAUGCUGCACCCCAAGGUCUCCAAAUCAUCGAGUCGUACAUUCUGCUUGCGCCGCAGGCAGUUCUAAGCGACGAGUUCCGACUUCCACUUCUUGCCUCUCUGGAGACCCUACUCCAGUUCACGACGAAACAGCGCACCGGUGUCGUGGCUCGCCUAGUUGACAUGAUGAUCCGUGGUGCUGAAGCUGUCGAUGGUGGAAGCGAGGCCAGCUACAAGGCCAUUUCGCAGUCCCUGCUUGACAGUUCAUUCCUACACUCCCUCCUUGAGGGUCUUUAUACCGCCCACGAAGCGAGUCAAACUACUGGUCCUAACCGGAAGACCACAUAUGUCGUCGGUGUCGUUGAGACGGAUUACUAUUCCGUUCUGGCACGACUUGCGCUGGCAAACCCUACCGUCUUCGCCUCGGCUGUCGCUGCUGCAACAAAUUCCACCCAGGAGCAAACAAUUUCCUGGCUACUCACUGAAUGGUUCUCUCACUACGAUAACAUUGGCAGCGUGAACCAAAAGAAACUGCAUGCUCUCGCCCUGACACAACUCCUUGCCCUCCAGGGCCCCUCAUCCGAUCCGUCCCAACCUGCCCCACCCCCCGCCUACAUCCUUAGUCACUUGCAGUCUUACCUUACCGUCUGGACGGAUAUCAUUAUCGAACUUGCGGAAGGCGGCUCAGAUCAGAAUGCCGAUUACCUGGUCUGCUGGAACGCCCCCGCCGGCUCUACAACUGCUCAGCCCGAGGUAGAAGAGAACGAGGAUCCCGAGACUCGUCGCCGACGCGAGUGGGACAAUGCGGAUGCGAUCCACCGCUUCCCGAUCCGCGACUUUGUCCGACACCGUCUGCAGGAGCUGAUUGUGGCUUGUGGUGGUGCGCAGCGGUUCCAAGAGGAGUGGUUGGUGAAUGUCGAUAGUGAAGUGGUCUCGGCGUUUGGUGCGCUAGGCCUGAUUUAA